AUGUCAAGCUCUUUAACCAAGCUAAAUGAGGUAGAAAUUCCUUCGCUGAUGAGGCACCUUGAUAAAUUCACUGCAUUCUUUAGUCGGCCUGCAAUUACGCAAAGGACGUCGAUUGCAGGAUCAGAAGAGUUCGUAGAAGAGCUUAUUACCGAAAUCACAGACUGCUAUAAAAAAGCUAGAGAAUGCAUAAACGUGGCGUUCAAAAUCCACCAAAUUUAUGAAAAAACAAAUGAAAAACUGCGAAAAAUUUCAUAUAAAAAAAUUUUUUUAUUUUUCUUUUUUUAAAAAAUAAAAUAUUUUUUUAAGAAAAAAAUUAAAAUUCAUAUAAAAACGAAGCAUUAAAGAAUCAAGUGGAAGAAAUGAAAGCUCACAUCCAAGACCAAGCUAAUGAGUAUAUAGUCAAAGAAAAAAGGCUCGAGAGCUUAUCCCAUGAUUUAUAUGAUACAGAACAAGGAUUUAAAGCUAUGCUGAGCGAAAACAAACAGCUAAAAAGAGAUUUAGCUAUGCUUAAAAAAGAGAUAUCACUGAGAGAAGAAGGGACAAGAGCUAGAGCAUCAAGCCAAGAAGUAAAAAGGCCUCCGCCUGAUUUAAAGCAAGAACAAAUAAAUGCCUUACAAGCAGAGCUUAAAAAACAAAUAGAAGAAGGCGAAGGGCUAGUUUUUCAAAUAAAGGAUCUCGAGAAUUUAUUGAAGAUUGAAAAAGCAAACUCAGAAAGGCUGAAAAUUUCUAAUGGAGCGUUAAGAAAAGAAUUAGAUGACACAAAUGAAGAAGUUGAAUAUCUACAGAACGAAAAAUCAGAGUUGAUAGAGCAAUCUGAGGUUUAUAAAAGUGAAAUUAUUCAGCUAAGAAUGAUGAUCGAAAAUCUCAAAAGGAUCCAGGAAAGAGAUAGAAUGAGAGCUACAUUUACAUCAGAGGCUGGAUUCAGCAAUCAUGCAGAAGAUGAGGAGUCACCAUCAGCUACUCAAGAUGCCAUGCAAGACCAAAGCCCAAAUCCAUAUAAAAUAACCACAAAUUUUAAUGAAAGCGACAGCCCAAGAGGUUUACUUGAGCGAAAAAUUAAUCAAUGAAGAAAAACAAUGACUGAGAACCUUGGAGAAAUUUUUGAAGUAGAAGAGGAACUUGUUGACGAAAAACAAUUGUUUGUACUCAGUUCGUCAAAUUCUGUAUAUGGACAAUUUCAAAGCUUUGUAGAUUCUGUUAAAGAUAGGCCAAAUUUGUCUGAAGAAACCCUUGAAUCUAUAAAAAUUGAGGGAAAAGUUAAAAGAAAAAGCGAAAUUUCUAAAAUUUUUGAGCUGGAAAUUAAUAAAAAACAGCAAAAAUUGAGGAUUGUAGAAUUGGAAGUUGAGAAAACUUGUAAUGUGAAGAUUUUGCCUUUUAAGGAUUUUUCUAGAUUAAGAAUAGAAAAGCAAAAUGAUGCUUUUAUUUUGAAAAAUAUCAUAGAACUCUCUAUAGAGAAUUCGCCAAUUGUAGCAGUAUCGGAAGAUAGAAAAAAAGAAUUUUCCAUUAAAAAAAUAGGAAUUAUUGAAAUUCUAAAGCAGGAGGAAAAACUUGAAUUAGAAAAUUUGCCGAUUGCAGCUGUUAUCGACCACCGUAAAGAAACAUUCUUAAUUAAAAGCAUAGAAAGCAUUGAAAUAAAAAAGCAAAAGAUAGAUCUUGAGAUAGAAAUUUUGCCGAUUGUAGUUCUUAUGGAAUCUAGAAAAAAGGAAUUCUCAAUUAAAAGCGUAGAAAAUAUUGAAAUACCAAAACAAGAGGUUGAGCUCUCUGCCGAGAAUUUGCCUAUUGUAACUCUUAUAGAAUCUAGAAAAAAGGAAUUCUCAAUUACAAACGUAGAAAAUAUUGAAAUUCCAAAGCAAGGGAUUGAGCUCUCUGCCGAAAAUUUGCCAAUUAUAACAAUUAUCGAACAUAGAAAAAAGGAAUUCUCAAUUAAAAGCAUAGAAAAUAUUGAAAUAUCAAAGCAGGGGGUUGAGCUCUCUGCAGAGAAUUUGCCAAUUAUAACAAUUAUCAAACAUAGAAAAAAGGAAUUCUCAAUUAAAAGCAUAGAAAAUAUUGAAAUACCAAAGCAGGGGGUUGAGCUCUCUGUCGAGAAUUUGCCAAUUAUAGCAAUUAUCAAACAUAGCAAAAAGGAACUCUCAAUUAAAAGCAUAGAAAAUAUUGAAAUAAAAAAGAAAGAAGCAGGGCUCUUUACUGAAAUUUUGCCUGCUAUAGAAAUAAUAGAGCUUCAAAAAAAUGAAUUUUUUAUUCAAUCCAUAGAAGCCAUUCAUAUAAAAGCACAAGAUCUCGAACUCUCUAAAGAAAAUUUGUCUAAUAUAGCACUCGAGCCUAAAAAAAAGGAAGUAUUAAUUCAAAUUGCAGAUAUUAUUGAAAUUAGGAAGCAUGAGAUCGAGCUUAAAAUAGAAAAUUCACCAACCUUGACAACAAUCGAGCAUAGAAAAAACGAUUUUUUGAUUGAAAGUAUGGAAACUAUGGAAAUACAAAAGCAAAAAAGAGUACUAGAAAUAGAAAACGUGCCUGAAGUUUUUAUUAAAGACACAAUUUGCAAUCUUUCGAUUCAAGAAAUACCAUUGAUUGCUAUUAAAGAAGAAAAAAAUCACCUUUCUAUUGGCAGUGUUCCUACUAUAUUUAUUAAUAAAUCACAAAUAGAAAAUAAGAUUGAAGAGCAGUCUUCAAUAUCUAUUGAUUCAAAAGAAAAAGAAUAUCUUUUAUUUGAGGAUAUUUGCAAAAUAAGUAUAGAAGACAGUAGCAAAGCCAGCUUUUCUAUUGAAAAUAUGCCCUUACUUCCCCACUUUAAAUUGGAACAAAGCAUCGGAAAAAUUUCUACUUUAAACCCAUAUACAUAAAAAUGGCACGGUGAGCCAGCCCAAACUCCUAGCACAUUCAGCUGGAAUCUUGUGGUAGGGAGUUUUGGCGUUCGGUAUCCGGCCAGGUUUUACUUGGUUUAGUGGAACGCGAUGUCCAGGUGGCUGACCGCAGGCUCACAUCCAGGCCAAGGUUUUAUCUCGGAGCAAGAUUGAGUUCGGGUUGGAAAAAAGAGUGUCCCAACAAUCUCAGUGAGGUUUGUCCUGGCCAAUCAGGAGUAUUCCCAAGCGCGAUGCCAGGCAUUGCAUCCUGGACUACGAAUUUUCAUUUUGGCCGGCAGAUGACCAGAAAAUUUGUUUUUCAAAUUUUCUAGAAACUAAACCCCGUUAGCGUGCGGCACGAUGACCCAAACUUUUCAAUUACCAGGAAGCAUUUGCAGGCCCAUGCCUGGUAGUAGCAAGACUUUGAAGGUCAUGAGACGAUUGUCGGUGAAGCAGAUGAGUGGGGUAUUGUGAAAGGAAUAAGGAUCUUUGGAUCUGACAGGGAUUUUUCUAUAAUCUAACUAAGUUCAAGUGUAAGGUUACUUUAAACACAAUUAAAUUGGAACAAAAUUUGUUUUUCAAUUGGAAAAUUUAAGAUGAAAUACUAAUAUUUUAUACAAAAUGCAAUUAGAAUACUAUUUAAAAACUUCCCACACUGAAUCGAUUAAAUUUUUUUUAUUUGAUUCCUAGUAAAAAUGAAUUAAAAUUCAAAGUAUUGUAAUUGAUUUAUAGUUUUAAAAAUAAAGAGGAAAAUAUUAAUUUUUAUAAAAUUAGUUUUAAACUAAUUUAAUGCAAAAUUGCUGGUGAAAUUCUAUUUAAACAAUUUUAUAACUAAUAUUUUAAUUAACUCUUCAUAAAAAUAGAUUAAAAUUCUAAAUAUUGGCUCAAUUAUAUUUUUAAUUUUUUAUAAAGAGAACAGAGUUUUUGGUCCUAUUUAAAGGGGAAAAUUAAUAAAUAUCCAAGAUAUUUCAAUAAGUAUUACAGGUCAAAAGCCCCAAAUCUCAAAUUCUCUUAUCCCUCCCCUUUAAGAACGGAAAUAAUUUUUUUUGCUUGCUUUAAAAAAUCAUAAAAUGGAAAUUUUUAAACAGAAAUCUAAUGUAAAAUAUAAGCUAUUAAGCUGGUUAAAAUUUAAUAGAAUUAGCUUAUAACAAUUAUUAAUCAGAUAUAAAAUAUUUUAUAUUUUUUAAAUAGUUAAUUUCCUGUUUUGCUAACUCUUAAAGAGGAGUUAGAAACUCUAUAGGAGCUUCAACACUGGAUAGCUCGAUUUUCUUUUCUAACGAAUCGCAUGAAAUAUCUAUAGAAAGCACACCCAUCCUGAGUCUAAAAAAUCCAGCUAAAAUUUUUACAUUUGAAGUUAAAAAUCAAAAUCAAAUAACCGUCGUCUCUCGAAAAUCAGUAGAAAUGCUAAUAGAAACAACUCCAAUAUUAAGGCUUGAAUCUCAAUCAACAGGACAUUCCAGUCCUUCUCUCGAAAUACAUACCCAGGAUGAAAGCAUUUUUAUUCAGUCUCCUAAAGCGCAAAACCUUAUUUUGGAAUCCAUCCCUAUUAUAAAAUUUGGGUGUGAAGACAAAAAAUACACUCAUACUUUUGCAAUAGAUUCUCAAAUAGAUAAAGAUUUAUCAGUAGAAAUAGCGUCCACAGUUAAAAAUGAUGGAGAAAAAUUUUCACAAAAAAAAAUAGCUGAGAAUGAAAAAGAACCAGAAAUUUUGACACAAGAAAAUGUUUCAAUAAAACAGAAGAAAUUGGGUAAAAAAGGUGAAAAAAAUGCAAGCUCGAAACCAAAAAUUUCUCAAACAUUUGCGUCUGCAGGACACAAAUCUGAGACCUUUGAGCUUGAAUUUUUAAAAUCUUUAAAAUCGCCUGGAAUAGAAAAUUUGCCGCAAAAGAAAAGUAAAAAAAAUCGUCAUACAAAUAGAGUAAUUUUCACAAAAGAUCCAAUUAAACAAUUUUUUAUUUUGGUAAAAAUUAUUUAGACAUGUGAGGCAGCUAAGCUGAAUAGCGAAAAGCGAGACUAUAUCGGACAAAUCCCAUUUGAUAUAUUAUAUAAUAAAGUCUUUGAAGAGCACAUCCCGUUUAACAGCUGGCAUGACUACAUACAAAAAUUCUUACACAGUAAGACAAGUGCUAUAAAUGUUUAA